GCGGCAGGAGCCAAUCAGAGCAUCGGCUCCCUCCUGGGUCGCUCACUCGCGCCACCCCGGUCGCGGCCGUUACUGGUGGCGCGCGCGGGGACUCAAAGUAGAUUAUGGAGGACACACAGGCUAUUAACUGGGACGUUGAAGAAGAGGAGGAGACAGAACAGUCCAGUGAAUCUUUGGGGCGCAGCUUGGAGCCUGUAGGGCGGCUACAUAUCUUCAGUGGUGCCCAUGGACCAGAAAAAGAUUUCCCACUAUACGUCGGGAAGAAUGUGAUAGGCCGAAUGCCUGACUGUUCUGUGGCCCUGCCCUUUCCAUCCAUCUCCAAACAACAUGCAGUGAUUGAAAUCUUGGCCUGGGACAAGGCACCUAUCCUCCGAGACUGUGGGAGCCUCAAUGGUACUCAAAUCCUGAGGCCUCCUAAGGUUCUGUGCCCUGAGGUGAGUUAUCGUCUGAGGGACAAGGAAUUGAUUCUCUUUGCUGACUUGGCCUGCCAGUACCAUCGCUUGGAUGUGCCCCUGUCCUUUGUCUCUCGGGGUCCUCUAACUGUAGAGGAGACACCCAGGGUACAGGGAGGAACUCAACCCCAGAGGCUUCUGUUGGCUGAGGACUCGGAGGAGGAAGUAGAUUCUCUUUCUGAAAGAUGUGUGAUGAAAGAAUCAAGGACCACAUCCUCCCCUUUGUCAACAGUAGUUCCAGAGAGUGAUGAAGAGGGGCCUUCCCUUGCCCCAGGUGGCCCUGGGCCACAUUGUGCCUUCAACUUGGACAGUGACACAGAUGAGGAGGAAGGUCAGCAACCAGCAACAGGGAAGGCCUCCUCCGCUGCCAGAAGAGGUGCCACUGCAGAGGCAGAGCAGCCUGCAGCUGAUGGAGUUGCAACCAAAAUCCAGUGUGAAAAGGACCAGCCUUCAGUGAAAGAGAGGGACAAUGACACAAAAAUCAAGAGAGAUGCAGGAAAUGGGGUGGUUCCAGUUAGGGUGAUUCUGGAGAGGAGCCAACCUCCUGGGGAGGACAGGGACACAGAUGGGGAUGAUGAGAGCAGGCCUCCUGGAAGGCCAGCUGCGGUCCAUUUGGAAAGGGCCCAGCCUUGUGGCAUUAUCGAUAGUGAUACUGAUGUGGAAGAAGAGGGAAUCCCAGCAACCCCAGCAGUAGUUCCUAUGAAGAAAAGGCAAAUAUUCCGUGGAGUUGGUACAAGGGGUCCUGGAGCACCAGGCUGGGCACAUCUGCGGGAGAGCCAGGCUGGCAGUGAUACAGAGAUGGAGGAGAGCGAGGCCCCACGGGCCAUCCCUCUGGAGAAAAGCCAGGCCUCCAUGGUGAUCGACAGCGAUACAGAUGAUGAGGAAGAAGUCUCAGCAGCACUCACUUUGGCACGUCUGAAAGAGAGCCAGGCUGUUGUAUGGAACAGAGAGAUGGAUGUGGAAGAGGACAGGGCCCAACCUAUGGUCCUUCUGGAGCAAAACCAAACCGCCAGUGGGAGAGACAGUGACACAGAUGUGGAAGAGGAAGGGCUCCCAGUGGAAAAGAGAGAAACCAUCCCUGAGGGUCACACAGACAAAGAUGGAGCCAUUGUUAUAGCACAUUCAGAAGAGAACCAGCCUCCUCCUAAGGACAGUGAUGUAGGUGUAGAAGCAGAUGACAGUUCACCUGGGAUCCACCUGGAGAGAAGCCAAGCCUCCGGCACGGUAGAUGUCAACACAGAAGGGGAGGAGGAUAUCCCACCAGGGCUAGCUGUUGUACAUCUGGAGAAGCAUGAGGUGUCUGUGGAGGGGACAUAUCAAACAGAUGUGGAAGCAGAGAGGGGGCCACCAAAGCUGCCUGUGGUGCCUCUAGAGGAAAGCCAGCCUCCUCUGGAUGAGGACUGUGAGACAGAUGUAGAGGAGGGCAUGUGCUUAGCAGCCUCGGCAGCGACAGAUGUAAGAAAGAGCCAGCUUCUAGCGGAAGGGGAUGCUGGGACAGAGCGGGCUGCAGCUGUUCCUGAGAGGGAGAGAGCUCUUGAGGUGGGGGCCCAGGGUGGGUCAUCUGCGGCACAAGUGGAGCAGGACCUUCUCCCUAUCUCAAGGGAGAAUCUCACAGAUCUGGUGGUGGACACAGGCACUGCAGAAGAACCCACCCAGCCACAGAGAGAGACAGCCCAGACCUCUACAGGAAGAGAGAGAGAACCACAUGUGGGCAUGACCAAGGACUCUGAAGACAACGAAGAUCAUUCUGAAGAUCUGGCCCUACAAGCUACCCAGUGCUUUGUGGAGAGAGAGACUGAGAGCCUGGAAGCAGUCCAGAGCAUGGAGGAUGAACCCACCCAGGUCCUGAUUACUCUCCCCCCAGAGCCUGGCCCUUCCCGUUGCAGCUUCCAGGCCCCAGGUGCCCUAGAUGAGCCAUGGGAGGUCCUGGCUACACAGCCAUUCUGCCUGAGAGAGUCUGAGGCCUCUGAGACCCAGCCUAUUGCCACCUGCCUGGAGGCCCAUGGGUCUUGCCUGUCUCCACCUUGGGCAACACCACAAGACCAACAUCCAGAGAGCCCAGUUCACACAGAGCCACUGGGGAUUCAAGGCAGAGGGAUGCAGACUGUGGAUAAAGGCAUGGGUAUACCAAAAGAAAUAGCCAAGAGAGGGACCCCUGAGGGAGGACCAUUGGAGAGGGAAACCAAGAAACUGCCUCCAAGGGGAGAGAGAGAUGUGAUGGGAAUGGAAGAAUUAACCAGGGAGAUACAGGACGGAGAACAAAAACAGCUGUUAGCCAGAGACACUCAGAGACAAGAGUCUGACAAAAAGGGGAAAAGUACAAGUCCUGAAAUGAAUAGGGACAGUUUAAAGGUAGAAGUUGAGUCAUCCAAGGAAAUGCAGGAGAAAGAAAUAGAGAAGCAGACCCUUAUAAGAGGAAUAUUUGAGAGAGUGGACAGCCCAGUACCAGAGAGAGAGUGUGAGCCAGCUCAGCCAGAAGUGAGGGGCCCCACAGUGAUGCCGGGCAGAGGCACACAAACGGGGGGCCCAGAGGGAGGGAACCAGGACCAGAAAGGGCAGGCCUCCUGCCCAACAUCAGAGCCUAGAGUGGGGAUAGGGGACCUUCAGGGACCUGCUUCAGCCCCGGUAGCUUCUGGGAGGCAGUCAAGUGGAGAAAGGGGAGCCCAAGUGAGCCCCAAGAGGCAGCAGACAGGCCAACUGAAUUGCAAGACGCCACCUGCUGAGAAGGCUUCCGGGGAAGAUCAGGAAUCCCCAGAUGCCUGUCUGCCUCCUACAGUGCCUGAAGCCUCAACCGCACCCCAAGGCCCCCUUCUCUCCCAGAGCCAAAGACAUCUUGCACCUCAGUCCCUUCUUUCUCCCUUCCUACCUUCUCUCGAGCCACCCAUUCCUAAAACCAGGCAAAAUGGGAGUCAGGAAGCUUCAGAGACUCCCUUGUCCUCAGAGCUGGAACGUUUCCACCCCAAGCCUAAAGUCAGACCCCAGGGGUCUUCCAGGGUGACACCCUCUCCAGCUUCCUCUACUGCCCCUGAGCCCCACCCUACCACCCCCACAGCCCAGCCUGUCACCCCCAAGCCCACAUCUCGGGCCACUCGGGGCAGGACAAAUAGGUCCUCUCUCAAGACCCCUGACCCAAUUGUCUCUAUAGCUCCUGAGCUCCAGCCUUCUACUUCCACAGCCCCGCCUGUCACCGCAAAACCUAUAUCUCGGGCCACUCAGGGCAGGACAAAUAGGUCUUCUCUCAAGACUCCCAACCCAGUUGUCCCCAAAGCCCUCGAGCUGCAGCCUUCCACCUCCACAGACCAGCCUGUCACCCCCAAGCCCACAUCUCAGGCCACUCGUGGCAGGAGAAAUAGGUCCUCUGUCAAGACCCCUGACCCAAUUGUUCCCACAACCCCUGAGCUCCAGCCUUCUACCUCCACAGCCCAGCCUGUCACCCCCAAGCCCACAUCUCGGGCCACUAGGGGCAGAACAAAUACAUCCUCUGUUAAGGGUCCCGAACCAGUUGUCCCCACAACCCCUGAGCUGCAGCCUUCUACCUCCACAGCCCAGCUUGUGACUCCCAAGCCCACAUCUCAGGCCACUCGUGGCAGGAGAAAUACAUCCGCUGUUAAGGGUCCCAAACCAGUUGUCCCCACAGUCCCUGAGCUGCAGCCUUCCACUUCCACAGCCCAGCCUGUCACCCCCAAGCCCACAUCUCAGGCCACUCGUGGCAGGAGAAAUAAAUCCGCUGUUAAGGGUCCCAAACCAGUUGUCCCCACAGUCCCUGAGCUGCAGCCUUCCACUUCCACAGCCCAGCCUGUCACCCCCAAGUCCACAUCUCAGGCCACUCGUGGCAGGAGAAAUACAUCCGCUGUUAAGGGUCCCAAACCAGUUGUCCCCACAGCCCCUGAGCUGCAGCCUUCCACUUCCACAGCCCAGCCUGUCACCCCCAAGCCCACAUCUCGGGCCACUAGGGGCAGAACAAAUACAUCCUCUGUUAAGGGUCCCGAACCAGUUGUCCCCACAGCCCCUGAGCUGCAGCCUUCCAGUUCCACAGCCCAGCCUGUCACCCCCAAGCCCACAUCUCGGGCCACUAGGGGCAAGACUCAUAGGUCCUCUGUCAAGACCUCCAAACCAGUUGAACCCACAACCUCUGAUCUUGAGCCUCCCACUCCCACAGACCAACCUGUCACCCCCGGGGCCGUAGCUCAGGGUGGUCAGAGCAGGACACUGAGGUCUUCCACACUAAGUGCUGUGCCAGUUCCUACCACCCCUGAAUUCCAGUCUCCUGUCACCACAGACCAGCCUGUUUCCCCUGAGCCGAUUCCUCAAGCCAGUUGCAGCAGGAGACAGAGAGCUGCUGGGAAGCACAGUUCCCUCACAGCUCCCACUGUCCAUAAGACUUGCUCUGCAUCCCCUGAACCUAAAUCCCGAUCCUCAAGGAACCAAAGACAGGGAGCAGUGAGAGCAGCUGAGUCCCUUACAACCGUUCCUGAGCCUGCCUUUCCCCAGCUGCUUGAGGCAUCCCAGAUGGAAAAGGUGGAAGCAGCAGAUAGAUCUGGCUUCACCCCAGAGCCCCAGCCUAAGGCCUCUCAAAGCCGCAAGAGGCCUUUAGCUACCAUGGCUUCACCCCCACUUCCAAAACGGUCCCAAAGAGGGGAAGUCUCCCGGGAGACCGCGUUCCUCAAGGAAGAGGAAGAAGAUACCGCAGAGAGGCCAGGAAAAGAAGAGGUGAGGAGAGGGCUGGGGCCACAAAGCUGGGAAAAAGGGCUCAGAAACUCCCACCAGGAUCUUUCUCAAUUCCAGGACGUAGUGAUUCCAGCACCAGGCAAGAGAAAGAGAGACCAGGCAGAGGAGGAGCCCAAGGGAAUACCAAGCCGCAGCCUCCGACGGACUAAACCUAACCAAGAAUCGCCCGUCCCCAAAGUGCUCUUCACAGGAGUGGUGGAUGCUCGAGGAGAGCGGGCAGUGCUGGCACUGGGGGGAAGUCUGGCCAGCUCAGUGGCAGAGGCUUCCCACCUGGUCACUGAUCGAAUCCGCCGGACAGUCAAGUUCCUGUGUGCCCUGGGGCGGGGGAUCCCCAUCCUCUCGCUGGACUGGCUGCAUCAGUCCCACAAGGCUGGUUGCUUCUUGCCCCCGGAUGAAUAUGUGGUGAUCGAUCCUGAACAGGAGAAGAACUUUGGCUUCAGCCUUCGAGAUGCUCUGAGCCGGGCUCGGGAACGAAGGCUGCUGGAGGGCUACGAGAUUCAUGUGACCCCUGGAGUCCAGCCACCCCCACCUCAGAUGGGAGAGAUCAUCAGCUGCUGUGGAGGCACUGUCCUCCCCAACAUGCCCCGGUCCUAUAAGCCUCAGAGAGCUGUGAUCACAUGCCCCCAGGACUUCCCUCGAUGCUCCAUUCCAUUGCGGGUUGGGCUGCCCCUCCUCUCACCUGAGUUCCUGCUGACAGGUGUGCUGAAGCAGGAAGCCAAGCCCGAGGCCUUUGUCCUCUCUACUUUGGAAAUGUCAUCCACCUGAAAACUCCUGUACCUUUUUCUCUCCCAGACCAAUAAAUAAAGUAUUAGAAAAUAUUUGGAAGAAAAAACUCAGGGCUUUAGGAAAGAUUGGGGUAUACUAGUAUGACUCUAGGAAACCUGGGUGGGACCAGAAAGGUUUAUGGGUAAACAGAAAGAGAGAUUGGGAGCCACAGAUUUUUUUUUUAAGUGGCUGUUUUAAAAUUGGCUAAUCCCAUGCUCAGAUAUCUUAAGUAGCUGUUCAUCUUAGCCAGAUUGAUGUAGUUAUUGCUCCUUGGCACUCACAUUCCUGCCUGCUAUUUGGAAACCGCCUCUCUUUCUCUUACCGGGAUUCUCACUUUUUCUCGAAAGAGAGUGGAAACAACUUUGGGGUCAGAAACUUGAAGGGAUGCUUGGAGUGAGUAGAUCUGAAGGUAGAGUUAUGGAAUGCUACUAAAACAUUUUCUUCUCUCCUGGCCUCUAGGAGCACCCUUUAGAUUUGACUUUGAGCAAGUCUCUGUACUUUUCUGGCCUGCUUUCCCAGUGUUUAUAAAAUUAGAGCUUAGGCUUGAGCUCUGUGAUAAAUAAAUAUUCACUCUGUGCCUUA